UUUGUGACCAAGAGAAAAAGCCCAAUCUAGUUGCUAAAACCCUUGUGAGUUUUUGCAUCUAUGUCACUGCGCUUAAACCUAACUAAAACGCCACCGUCGUCGCUCUCACUCAGCCACCACCGUCACCUUCAAUUCCAAGUUCUCCAUUAACGAGAUUGGGUUGUGAAAGAUGAGUUUGAUAUCCCAAAAUGCUCGCCCUAAAAAUGAGGUCAAUAAGAGCAAUAAAGAGGCUGAAGGCGACGUUGAGAAUAACGAAACCCUGAAAGUGAAGAAGAGGAAGAAGCGAGACGGCGAGGUGGAACAAUUGGCAAAGGAACAAGUGAAGGAGAUGAAGAAACUUGAGAACUUUUUGUUUGGUUCUCUCUAUUCCCCUCCUGAGUUUGGAAAGGAGGAUGAUGAGAUGGAGCCUGUGAAUGCUUCUGAAAAGUUUUCGGAUUUGUUCUUCACUGACCGUUCUGCAAACAAUGUUCUUUCUGUUUAUCGGGAGGAAGAUGAGGACUUGUCUGAGGAAAGUCACAGUCAUGAUGAUGAUCUCGCUUUGCAAAGGAAACCGGUGUGGGUGGAUGACGAAGAAGAAAAUGCCACUGUGAACAUAGCCAAGGUUAACAGAUUAAGGAAAUUGAGGAAGGGAGAGGAUGAGGAUGUGAUCUCGGGUUCAGAGUACGUGUCAAGAUUGAGGGCUCAGCAUGUUAAGCUCAAUCCAGGAACUGAAUGGGCGCAAGUUGAUAAGAUGGAUAGAUUUUCUGAUGAUGUGUCGACGGAUGAUGAAAAUGAAGCUGUUGUGAGCCAUGGUUGCGAGGAUGUGGAUGAUAUUCUCAGGACAAAUGAAGACCUGGUUGUGAAGAGUGGUGCAAAGUUAUUGCCGGGACAUCUUGAAUACUCGAGGCUUGUGGAUGCGAAUAUUCAGGAUCCUGCUAAUGGUCCCAUAAGUUCAGUUCAGUUCCAUCGGAAUGCGCAGCUGCUUCUUGCAGCUGGAUUGGACCGGAAGCUUAGGUUUUUUCAAAUAGAUGGCAAGAGGAACACCAAAAUUCAGAGCAUCUUCCUUGAAGAUUGCCCCAUUCGAAAAGCAUCUUUCUUGCCAGAUGGGUCUCAGGUUAUAUUAUCUGGAAGGAGAAAGUUCUUUUAUAGUUUUGAUUUAGUUAAGGCUACAGUUGAUAGAAUAGGUCCUCUGGUUGGUAGGGAAGAGAAGAGUUUGGAGGCUUUUGAGGUGUCUCCUGAUUCUCAAAUGAUAGCAUUUACAGGUAAUGAAGGGUAUAUUUUAUUGGUUUCAACAAAAACAAAGCAAUUGGUUGGUACUCUGAAGAUGAAUGGAACAAUCCGUUCCUUGGCUUUUGCUGAGGAUGGACAGCAGUUGUUGAGUGGCGGUGGUGAUGGCCAGGUUUACCACUGGGAUCUGAGAACAAUGACUUGCAUGCAUAAAGGUGUAGAUGAAGGUUGCAUAAAUGGCACAGCUCUUUGUACUUCACCAGGUGGAACUCAUUUUGCAGCUGGUUCAGACAGUGGAAUUGUGAAUAUUUACAAUAGAGAGGAAUUUCUUGGGGGCAAGAGAAAGCCUGUCAAGACUAUAGAGAAUUUGACUACGAAGGUAGAUUAUAUGAAAUUUAAUCAUGACUCCCAAAUAUUAGCAAUUUGUUCAAGCUUGAAGAAGAGCAGCUUAAAAUUAAUACAUAUCCCAUCGUAUUCUGUGUUCUCCAACUGGCCACCAUCAAACACAACCCUGCAUUAUCCUCGCUGUAUUGAUUUUAGUCCAGGUGGUGGUUUCAUGGCUGUGGGAAACGCUUCAGGCAAAGUGUUACUGUAUAAGUUGCACCAUUACCAGCAUGCCUAAGGCAGAUUUGAAAUACUGGCAGGUUUCGAGAGUUUUGUUGUAUUUUUUUUUGUUGGAAAGUUGAGACUUUGUAUUUUAACAUUAAUUAAUGAAGCUUCAUGAGCUUCCUCUUAAAAAGUUAGAAGUAAUUCAGCUUCAUAUUUUUAAUCGUCAA